UUAGAUCCUGGCAGUUAUGGAGGCUAUGGAGGACAACAUCAACAAGGUUAUUCUGGUUAUGGAAAUCAAGGAGGACAAAACACUGGGCAGCCUGCACAGGAUUAUUCUGGCUAUGGGCAGACAGCCGAGUCAUCUGCUUAUGGACAAAACUAUGGAAGCUACAGUUCUGGCUAUGGACAAAGUCAAUCAGGCGGUUAUGGACAGUCUUCACAAGGACAGUCUUCACAAGGACAGAGCCAAGCACCAUAUGAAAGCCAGCCAUCCUAUGGAAGCUAUUCUCAGCAGAGUUCAGAGUCCUCCAGAGGAGGGUUCAGCAGCAAAAUCCCAUACGGUGACAACCAGCCAGAUAACAAUGAUGGACAAUCGUAUCAGCAGCCUCAUGACUCCUAUGACCAGCAAGAUUUUGGACAAAAGCAACGAUCGGCUUAUGGGCAACAACCGCAUCAAGGGUCUUAUGAACCUUCAGGCUUUGGACAGCAGCAGCCAUUUUCUUCACGGAAUGAGAGCUAUGGAGCUUCCUCGCAAGAUGACAAUCGAAAGGACACAGGCAGGUAUGGUGAUAGAGGCUAUGGCGGAUCCCAGAACUUUGGGGGUGGCAGAGGCCGUGGUGGCUAUGAUGAUCGUCGAGGUGAUAUGAGCGGUGGUGACCGAGGUGGCUUCAAAAAUUUUGGUGGCCCCAGGGAUUAUGGGAGCAAACCUGACCAAGGAGAUGAAGACAAUUCUGACAAUAACACAAUAUUUGUGCAAGGUCUUGGAGAGGAUGUCUCACAAGAUCAGGUGGCUGAGUUCUUCAAACAAAUAGGAAUAAUAAAGAUGAACAAGAAGACUGGAAAGCCGAUGAUAAAUCUUUACACUGACAAAGAAACUGGCAAAUCUAAAGGUGAAGCUACUGUAUCUUUUGAUGAUCCUCCUUCUGCUAAAGCAGCUAUCGAUUGGUUUGAUGGAAAAGACUUUAUGGGAAAUAAUAUUAAAGUCUCCUUUGCUACUCGAAGGCCUGAAUUUAUGAGAGGAGGUGGCAGUGGCGGCAGCGGUGGUGGUGGUGGUGGUAGUAGUAGACGUGGUGGUGGUCAUAGAGGUGGUGGCUUUGGUGGGGGCCGUGGCUCUUUCAGAGGCGGCAGUGGUGCACCUCAAGGUGGUGACUGGGUUUGUCCUAAUUCCUCGUGUGGGAAUGUUAAUUUUGCCAGAAGAGAUUCCUGUAACCAGUGCAGUGCACCAAGGCCAGAAGACUCCAGACAGGGUGGAGGAGAUCGAGGUAGAGGCGGCUAUGGGGGUGAUAGAGGAGGAUUCAGAGGUCGUGGAAGAGGUGGUGACCGAGGCGGCUUCGGAGGAAAAAUUGGAGGCAGGAAUGACUUCAGAAGUGACCAGCGCAGCAAACCAUACUAA